GACUUGGACAUGCUCCACUCUAUGGCAUCCCAACUUCGCAGGUUCCAAGCCAUUCGCACAUGGGUUCACACCCCCCCCCGGCUAGCAGCCCCUACGCCACUCGAACUACUUCGUUUUGCCCCCCUUUGGCUUCAGCAAGUUGGCGGAAGGUGGAUUCCAUGGCUCAUGGCAUACUAGAGUGGCCAAUCCUCAGACUUGUGGCCAGUAGUAUCCUGAACUCUAACUCUCAUCAUUGGCCCUCGCUAGCCUUCGUAUUCGACUCAUGGAUAAUGUCAUUGUUUGUGAGCAGCUAGAGGCGCUGCUACGAAGUCUCCCUUAGCGAGAUCGAUUAGUCUAUUUUUGUGAAAUGGGAUGAAAAUUUUUAAGGAGGUCUGAUGAUGAAGUACCCACGGAUCUUCGUCUCCAAUUUAAAGCUAAGAACAGGUACAGCAUUGAGUACCGUCAACUGUGCCUGUUGUUUACUUCACACUCGUUUUUGAAUUACUGAAGCUCUUCGGAGUAUUACUCACAAGAAAUCAUGGCUCACCCUGCCCAAUGCUGCCUCCCCAGGUUCAGCCCUCCCUCCCGCGGGCCCAGACGACCAGUGUCAAUGAGAGUCAGGACGGCUCCAUCACAAAAUCUGGAGUUACUGGCUGCCUGGCGCCGGGAGGAAAUCCACUCCCUUCUUCAAACCGCGUGGGCCCUCCUCCUCUACCGCUACAUCGGAUCCAAAGACGUUUGCUUCGGCUAUCAAUAUCUUGAUGGCCCUGACACUACAGAUCCGUUGACCUUCAGUCUUACCAUUAACGAAGAUGACUCUCUUCGUGAAAUCCAAAGUAUAGUCGCAGGCAGAAGUGCUUUGCCUCGAGAUUUUGGUGCAGACACAGAGUCUCGUCUGGCCCAUGAUGGCUACAUGUUAUAUAAUACCAUCCUGAUGAUACGCAUCUGCUGUGAUUCGUCGAAUGGCAUCGGAAACACUUCUCUACAGCCAGUUUUGGCUAUGACGCUCCCGGAUAAGGCCCGCGUCAGACUCCAUGUGAAAAUCCUGGAGAACGACAUAAGCAUGUUCUUGGAAUCCUGGAACGAUGAGGUUUCCACGGAGCAAAUGAAAAGCAUCGCUAGUUACUUCGAGAGAACCAUAUCGCAAAUCCUGUCCGGAGAGGACAUCGCGGUGGAAGCGUUAAAUCAAUUCUCGGAACAGGACUGGUCCCGAGUUUGCCAAUUUAACGCAGCGAUUCCAGAAAAGCACGAUCGUUGUAUUCACGAGAAGAUCCAGGAACAGGCGCUCAUUCGACCCGACAGCGAGGCUGUAUGCGCUUGGGAUGGGAGUUUGACGUACCGCGAAUUGGACCACUUCGCUUCCCGGGUUGCUUUUCAUCUCCAGGCGCAGGGAGUUGGGCCUGAAGUCCGUGUUGCUCUUUGCUUCGACAAAUCCAAAUGGAACAUCGUCGCAGUGCUGGGAGUUCUGAAAGCCGGAGGUGCCUUCGUGCCUCUUGAUCCGACGCAUCCAACGUCCCGUCUGCAGUCUUUAGUAAGAUCGGUACAGGCGAAAAUCUUGAUAUGCUCCAGAAAACACGAAGACAACCUGAAAGCCGUUAUGGAGAGCAUCAUGCCAUUGGAUGAGCAUAGCAUGAAGGAGCUUCCGGCUCUCUCUGAAGAGAGAGAGCUUUCAACAGAAGUGAAAGGCCACCAUGCAGCCUAUGUGAUAUUUACUUCUGGCUCUACUGGAGAGCCUAAGGGUACUUUAAUAGAGCACAAUGCAUUCGCGUCUGGCGCAGCCGCCCACGCACCUCGGCUUCGUAUGAGCCACGAUGCAAGAGUAUUGCAAUUUGCUGCACAUACUUUUGACGCGAGUCUCAUUGAUAUCUUGACAACAUUGAUACAGGGCGGCUGUAUCUGUGUGCCCAGUGAGGAGCAGCGAUUGAACGAAAUUGUCCAAGUCAUCAACGAAAUGCGUGUGAACCAUGCUUCUUUGACGCCGACCUUUGUUGAUUUCGUCGACCAGUCAAAGGUGCCAGGGUUGAAAACACUGGUUCUAGCUGGAGAGGCAAUGUCUCAGUCGCACUUGAACACAUGGUCUAAGAUUGAGCUUAUCAAUGCCUUUGGCCCCACUGAAUGCUCCGUUGCAGUAGCCGCGAACAAUAAGAUGACGCGGUUUUCAGACUGCAGAGACAUUGGUCUUCCCAUUGGGGUUCGCCCCUGGUUAGUAGACCCCGAGGACCAUGACAAGCUUGUUCCCGUCGGUUGCGUGGGAGAGAUGAUCCUUGAAGGACCUACGCUUGCCCGAGGCUAUAUCAACAACCCGGAAAAAACUGCAGAAGUCUUUAUCCAUAAUCCAGUUUGGGCGAAGAGUGAGGAUGAAACCCACUCGGACCGAAGAUUCUACAAAACUGGUGACCUGGUAAGAUACAAUUCCGAUGCUGGCUCGCUGACAUACAUAGGAAGAAAAGACACCCAAAUCAAGCUCCACGGACAAAGGAUUGAACUAGGGGAGAUUGAAGAUAAUCUUAAUACCGACCCCGCCGUUAAAAACUGCCUGGUUUUCCUUCCCAAGUCGGGAUUUUACCAGGGCAAAUUAGUGGCUGUGCUAUCCUUGUCUACAGACGUGGACUCUCAGUCGGAAUCGGAUGAAGUACCUCUCAGGAUCCUCGAACAUUCGAAGAAAACGGCGGCUGUUACCGAUAUCCGUCACCGUUUAUCAUCAAGAUUACCGACAUACAUGAUUCCCAGUGGAUGGCUAUGUGUUGAGUCCCUGCCUCAGCUUGCAUCUCGGAAGCUUGAUCGAAAGGCCACUGCAAGCUGGGUCGCGGGCAUGGAAGAAGACCCGGAUCGUGACCUAGCGAAACUUGGCGACUCUUCGAACCAAGAGGUCAUUCGGUCCACAAAUGUGACGGAAGAUCGACUGGCUUCCAUCUGGAGUCGCAUCCUCAACAUACCUAAAGGCCAAAUCAGUCUCGACGAAAGUUUUUUGGCUCUAGGCGGAGACUCCAUCGCUGCGAUUACUUGCAUGGGGACUUGCAAGAAGCAGGGUCUUGGAGUCACAGUUCAACAAGUGCUCCAAAGCAAAUCUAUUCGGGCUUUGGCAACACAUGUUACUGAGAUCAGUCAGCCUACCGUGUAUGAGGAAACGAUCGAGGAGCCAUUUGGGCUUUCGCCAAUCCAGAAACUUCAUUUUAAAGUGCGGAAGGAGGGUCAGGGAUACUUCAAUCAAGGCGUUCUUACCCGCCUGAACCGGCCCAUCAGCGAUGGUGAACUUUGCCGUGCAAUCGAAACCCUCAUCAAACGCCAUUCUAUGCUUCGUACCCGUUUCACGGACAUGGGCGCUGAGGCUGGAGUGCGACAGCGCAUCACCGAGGAUAUUGUUGGGUCCUACCGCUUCCGCUCACACAGUGAAACCAGUGAAGAUGAAAUCCAACAGGCCAUUUCGAGUAGUCAAUCGUGUAUCAAUGCAUUCGCCGGCCCAAUGAUGGCAGCUGAUAUCUUCCGAGUCAGUGGAACUGACAAUGUCCUCUCGAUGACUGCUCAUCAUUUAGUGGUUGACAUCGUUUCGUGGAGGAUUAUCUUGGAGGACUUGGAGGAGCUUUUGCUUAACCCGAGCGAAGAUCUGUCCCAAAGUGGCUCCCUUCCCUUCCAAACUUGGUCUCAAUUACAGGAGGCGCAAUCCCGCGAGGUCAAAACCACGGACCAGGCUGAACUAGACAAAAUUUCUGCCCCUGAUUUUGCUUACUGGGGACUGGAGAAUAACCAAACUACGUACGGAGAUGUGGAUUGCGAGACCUUCGAAAUGAGCCCAGCAGACACCCACGCCCUUCUGAUGGAGUGUCAUAAAAGCCUCGGAACUGAACCAAUUGACAUUUUCCUGGCGUCACUUCUCUACGGUUUCCGAAAAGCGUUUACCGAUCGAUCACUGCCUGUGAUCUACAACGAAGGCCACGGAAGAGAAGUUUGGGAUCCCACGAUGGACAUUUCGCGUACCGUCGGCUGGUUUACCAUCCUGCAGCCCAUGUUGAUUUCGAAUAUUGCUUUGGAUGACCCUGUCGACGCUGUCAUCCAAGUUAAAGAUCUCCGGCGCCAAGUUUCAGACAAUGGACGACAAGACUUCACCCGCCGCGUCCUGGCAGGGGGUCCACAAAAGUGCGGCCACCACGGGCCCAUGGAGAUCUCGUUUAACUAUGUCGGUCAGCAUCGAGACCUGCAGCGGAAAGAUGGCCUAUUUCAGCUCAUGAAUCAGAUGGCUGGAGAGACUGGCCGGGGCGGAGGUGCUGCUGAUUUUGGUGAAGAGACUCCUCGGUUUGCGCUUUUCGAGACAUCAGCACUUGCCGUACAUGGACGGUUGCGCUUCAGCUUCUCUUUCAACAGGUACAUGAAACAUCAAGACCUGAUCCGGAACUGGGUCGCAUCCUGCCAUGAUACCCUGAAAUACCUCGGAGACAAACUGCAGUCUCUAGAGCCCAGACCCACACUAAGCAGUUUCCCACUGCUGUCGCUCAACUAUGAAGAGCUGGAUACAAUCCUAUCGAGAAAACUCCCCAGUGUCGGAAUACACUCUCCCGAUCUGGUGGAAGAUAUCUACCCCUGCUCGCGCAUGCAGGAGGCUAUACUACUCAGUCGCUCUCGUGAUGAUGGUCUCUACGCUGUUCAUGAUACCGUGGAAGUGAAAUGUUGGGAGGGCAAACCGGAUGCCAAUCGCUUGAGCCUCGCGUGGCAAAAGGUGGUUUCUAGACACCCGAUGCUACGAACAAUUUUCGUGGAAAAUUUCACCAGCAAGAAUCUGUUUUGUCAAGUCGUUCUGAAGGAAUUCGAUGCCCGACCCAGUUUCGUGAAGUGCUUGAGCGAUGGUGAUGUGCUCGCAACCCUAGACCGCCAACAGCCGAUGAAUUAUCACGAGCACCGACCAUCCCACAGGCUUACUAUCUGCGAAACAGCAAAUGGUAGGUUAUUCUGCAGAAUUGAGAUGAGCCAUACCUCGAUGGAUGGCUCGUCCAUUUCCUUGAUCCUUCGGGAUCUGCAGUUGGCAUACAGCGAAAAGCUAGAUGAUCAUCAGCCAAUGUUCAAGAAUAUCAUUGACUACCUCCAAAACACUCCUCAGCAGGACACCAUCGACUACUGGUGCUCCUAUCUGUCAAAAUUCAAGCCUUGUCAUCUACCCGUGCUCACCGAUGGAGUUUCUACUCCUAAGCAGCUCAAAACCAUGCGGUUGAAUUUUGAACCACUUGGAGAACUUCAAAGAGUGUGUGAACAAAAUGGAUUGACCUUGUCGACUGCAUUUAGCACAGGUUGGGGUCUUACACUCAAGUCCUUCUGCAAUACCGAUGAAGUUUGCUUUAGCUACAUGACAUCGCUCAGAGAUUUGCCUGUCGAAGACAUCGAGUCGGUUGUUGGCCCCGUCAUCAGCUUGCUAGCUUGUCGGAUGAACACCUCGGGUAGCAUCCCACUGAAAGAGGCCUUGAAUCAGGUUCAGAAUAAUUACAUGGAGCAGCUGCCUUACAAAAAUGCCUCGCUCAUCGACAUUCAGCACGCUUUGAAGUUAUCAGAGACCUUGUUCAACACUGGAAUCUCUUUCAGAAAGCUUCCGAGCUUCAAGAAUUCGCCCAGAGAGGCAAUUGAGUUCGAAGAGCUUGGAUCGAUUCAUGACCCGGCCGAAUUUCCGGUAUUCAUCAAUGUUGAAGUGGCGGACGAUGAAGUUCGCCUGGACAUGAACUACUGGACAACGGCCUUGUCGGAUGGCCAAGCACAGAGUGUCGCUCGCACCUUCCUCAAACACCUCGAAAACAUCGUUUAUUUCCAGGACAAGGAGCUCGGUCUCUUAGACGGGAUGAGCGAUUGGGCCCAGAACCAAAUCGCAAAGUGGAAUGACAGCGUACCGAUGGUAGCUGAUCAGUCUAUCCACGAACUUCUUGACGAGAAGGCUAAGUUGCAACCGAAUGCUCUAGCCCUUGUGGACGGAGAAGGCAGCAUUACAUACGCUAAGAUCAAUGAACUGUCUUCAAUCCUAGCGACCUACUUGAUCAAGCUUGGUGUUAGCGCUGGGUCUUUGGUUCCGAUCGAUUUUGCGAAUUCGAGUUGGCAAAUUGUCUCCGUGUUAGCUGUGCUCAAAGCAGGUGGACUCUGUGUCCCAAUGAGUGGAGGUUGCAUACAGAACACCGAUCAAUGGCUUAUCGACAACGGAGUGCAAGUUGCUCUUGCAACUCCCACCAGGGCACAUGUGCUCGAGGGUACUGUCCCAUAUGUUAUCCCUGUGGGAGCUUCUCUCUUCCAACAUCUUCCAAGCUUGAACGAGGAGUUCCAAUUUUCCAUCGACUCGUCGAAUAAAGCUUAUGUGGUUUUCACUUCGGGAGAAACUUCGACGCCUCGACCUGUUGUCCUCUCACACAGGACUAUCCUCGCAAGGGCAAAGGCAUUAGCUUCAGCCCUUUGUAUAGAUGAGAAGACACGGUUCCUGCAAUUUUCUGCAUACACAUCUGACAUGUUCAUUGAGGAGAUCUUCAGUGUACUUCUUCAUGGUGGAUCCCUUUGUAUCCCACCCGACAACUCUCUCGAGAACCUUUCAGUGUCGAUCAAGGCGUUACACGUGAAUUGUAUUAGCCUGACGCCAACUAUCGCUUCCUACUUGCAGCCAUCGGACGUUCCAGAGGUCAAAUCUCUCGCAUUGUUCGGGGAAGCUCCGCUGAAAAGGCUGACUGAAGCUUGGUCGCCCAAAGUUCAAGUGCAUACCUUCUACGGUACAGCCGAGAGCUCUUCAAUGUCCAUUCACAAAUCAAUUACCGAUGCUUCGAUGAAUGAGUUGCUCAUUGGAGCAAGCAAUGGUUGCUUGGCCUGGAUUGUUGACCCCAGUGACCAUGAUUCUCUUGUUCCUAUAGGAUGCACUGGUGAGCUCGUGCUAGAGGGGCCUGUUGUUGCCGAAGGCUACUUGAAUGGGGAGAAGGAAUCAGCAGGAAACUUUAUCGUGAAUCCUAAAUGGCUUAUCGCUCUCCAGAAAAGCACCGGGAACAGCGACGACGCGACCCCUGACCAGGCAAAAGAGCCUCGACGGAUGUUCAAGACGGGAGAUUUGGCUCGUUACAAUUCAGAUGGGUCGCUUGUUUUCAUGGGAAGAAAGUCAAAGGUGACUGCAUCACCAUCUCAGGCGCAUAUGUGGCAGAUGGAACAGCGCAUCAAUGCAUUCUUCCCACCUGAGUACCGCUGCGCUGUGGAGAACCUCGAGCUCCAGCAGGAAUAUCCUAAUUGCUCAGCUGUCUUCGUACUUUCCAUGAACGACAACAGUACCGCUGUUGGCGAUAGCCGAGCGCUAAUUUCUGGAGCAUCUCCUCAGUUCCACGACAUUGUCGCAAAGCUUCAUACUCAUCUUUCACAGACUUUGCCUUCGAAUCAGAUCCCGAACUUUUAUUUCCCAGUCUCUCAAACACCCUUGAACCGAAUGGGUAGACUCGAUCGCCAAACACUGAGGAAAUCUGCACGGAGCCUCUCCGAUGAUGCUCGACUGGAAUUCAAUUUCAGUAAAUUCAAUGAGUUUUGGCGAGGCACACUGGCCAACUCUGCGCCCAGCCAAUUUCCUUCGGCUUCCACUCGCUCACAAACUUCUGCUAGCAAAUCCAGCCAGACAACUACAUCUUGGUCAGAGACUGCGAAAUUGAGUUUUGGGUCGAAGACCACUAUUCUUGCCGCAUGGGCUCUAACUGUCUACGGUUAUACCUCGUCUGAGGAUGUUUGCUUUGGAGAAUUGCUCUUGGGGCAGGACAAGAGUGCGACAAUAGUUCCUCGGCGAUUAAUUGUCGACGAGGCAACCACCAUUGGAGACUUCCUGAUUGCUACGCAGCAAGGCCUAGCCGCGGCAGAGCUUUUCCAAAAGGGAGGGCUUCAGCGAAUCUACAAUCUCAACGGGGACACCGCGCGCGCAUCCAACUUUCGAAACCUGGUUUUGGUGUCGAACAACUGUGGAGGACAGACGAGUUGCCAAGAACAAUUCAAAGAUAACUCAGCGCUGAACGAUGCGUCUCAUUCUUACCCUCUGGUGCUGUGCGUCACUAUUGGCGAAGAAGGUAUUGAAUGCAGCUACCGGUUUGAUGAAGAGACAAUCUCCGCUGCGCAAGUCGAUCGAAUAAUGGCUCGAUUUGGAGAUUAUUUCAAUUUUCUGAACUCGGAAUCCAAGAAGAAAGACCCAAUCAGUUCAAUGGCAAUCCACGACGAGCAGAAUGCUUAUUCUAUCACCGCAGACAUGGACUACUGGAAGGAAUAUCUGUCUGAUGUUGAACCAUGCAUUUUCCAUGCUUUACCCGCAAAGACACAUCGCGAUGGCUUCGGCUCUACUGAGCUGGAAAUUGCCUCUACAUCCGAUAUGCGUGCAUUCUGCCAAGGCGCUCAAGUGGACACCAAUGUGUUCCUUCAAGUCGUUUGGGGCUUGGUUUUGAGAUGUUUCACAGGCCUGCAGGAUGUCUGCUUCGGAUAUAGCUCUUCUGGCCAGGAAUCAAUCCAACACUCUGACUCUGCAGUUGUUAUGACUUGUAGGCUACGGCUUAUGGACCAUGUCAAAAUUGAAGAAGCUGUUCAAUCAAGACAGCGAGAAUUCAAGCAGAUGCUGCGUCAUCCUCUCCCUUUGAGCGAGGUUCAACAGGAACUCGGAAUUGCUGGCACCGCCCUUUUCAACACGAUCUUUAGCUCCAACGAAACAGGAGCGGUCUCUACUGAAACGCUCGAAUCGAGUAAUUACAUGAUCUCCAUUCACGCAGAAGUCACAGAAUUGGCGGGAAAGGUGUUCUUCACGUAUCAAAAGAGCGCAUUAUCAGAUGACAGCAUUGCCAACAUCAUUGACUGUUUCGGCCAAACUAUUGAUUCUGCUAUCAGUAUUGGCAAAAAUGGCACUGUUGGUGAGGUUCAAUUUUUCAACAAUGCUUCGUGCCAGAAGCUUCUCGAAUGGAAUUCCAGACUGUCCGAGCGACCCGACAAGUGUGCACACGAGAUCAUUGGCCAACAAGUUCUGGAACGCCCAUCAGAACUGGCUAUCUGCUCUUGGGAUGGGGACUUCACCUACGCCAAGGUGGAUGACUUGUCUACUAGGCUUGCAAGCCACCUCAGACGCCUGGGUGUCAAGCCUGAGGUAUUCGUGGCAAUGUGUUUUGAGAAGUCCGCCUGGGCUAUUAUAGCGCAACUGGCUGUCCACAAAGCAGGAGGAGCAUUUGCGUCUAUGGACCCUAGCCACCCGGAAAGCCGACUCAAAGGAUUAGUUGAUGACAUCGGUGCUAAGAUCAUCCUGUGUUCCUCCAAGUACCUGGACAAAGCCUCCAAGAUUUGUGGUACUCCAUUUUCCGUUUGCGAAGAAAGCAUUAAGCAACUUCCGGAUCCGACCCCUCUUGACCCAGCCUUAAAUCCGACUGUCGACAAUGCAGCAUAUGUCAUCUUCACAUCUGGAACGACAGGAAAGCCGAAGGUGACGGUGCUUGAGCAUGUUGGACUUGCGUUAGGCUGUACUGCGUUCGCCAAGCCGCUUAACUUCAGCUCAAACACUCGCAUGCUCCAAUUUUCAAGUUUUACCUUUGAUAUCAGCGUCCUCGAGACACUUGUUGUCCUCAUGGUUGGUGGCUGCAUCUGUAUGCCAUCUGAUGAGGAGCGACUGAAUGACCUGCCUGGAAUGAUUCGGAGAAGCCAAGCCAACACCACAUGUUGUACUCCGUCUAUCAUCAACACUCUAGAUCCCAAGAGUGUUCCUGGGCUGACCACCAUUGCUUGCGGUGGAGAGAAAAUGAUGGAAAGCCAUAUUGAACGCUGGGCGGACAGGUGUGUUAUCAAUGCUUAUGGACCCUCGGAAGCAACUAUCGUCGUUACGUCAAGCAUGAAGGUCAACCAAGAAGGAAAGCGUCUAGAUGUCGACGGCAGUUCAAUCGGCACUGCUAUGGCGGGUAGAACGUGGAUCGUUGACCCCAACAAUCAUCACCGUCUUCUUCCGGUCGGUGCCAUCGGAGAGCUCGUCCUAGAAGGCUGCAACGUUGCCCGAGGAUACCUCAACAAUGAGCAAAAGACGAAACAAGUUUUUAUCCGUGAUCCUGAAUGGACCAAGCAUGAUGGUUUGAAGAGUAUCCUUGAUAGAAGGGAUCGCAUGUAUCUCUCUGGAGACCUUGUUUAUUACAGCCCUGAUGGCACGAUCCAGUUCAUCUCACGCAAGGACACUCAAAUCAAGCUUAAUGGCGUCCGCAUUGAAGUGGAGGAAAUCGAGCAACAGUGUAUCUCGUAUCUGUCUCCAGAUACCCAGGUGGCUGUUGAUGUCAUUAAUCCAAAGGAGAAAACGAUGGCAAAGUGUCUGGGAGCCUUUUUCACCGUGGAGGAACAAGAUUUCAAUCCGAGCACGGCUUCCCAGCUCCUGAUGCCUAUGACCGAGACAAUUACUGAGACUGUGAAAGCCCUCCAAGCCUCUUUGCGAGAAUCUCUGCCAUUGGCUAUGAUGCCGAAGCUUUUCUUUCCCCUGCGACGUUUACCCUUCUCUUCGACUGGCAAGCUCGAUCGCAAAGGCCUUCGUGUGAUUAUUGAUUCCCUGUCCAAGGAACAAUUCCAAAGCUAUACCAGCAUCAAUGGGACCGCCAAGCAGGUUUCCCAAGGUGGAGUUGCAGGGGAGCUUCAGGGUCUGUGGGAGAAGGCCCUUGGUCUUGCGCCGGGCUCUGUUGGCGCCGAAGACAGUUUUUUCGGACUUGGUGGUGACUCUUUCUCGGCCAUGAAACUUGUUGGUGUUGCGCAUUCUCAUGGAAUCUCACUCACCGUGGCCGACAUUUAUGCCAACCCAGUUUUGACCGACAUGGCAAAGUGCUGUGGAAUGUCAGAACAGGAGACAGUCGACACUAACGUGCAGCCUUUCAGUCUGCUAUCUGAUUCGGUUCCUCGUGAGGAGAUUUUAGCGGAUGUUUCUGAACAGUCUUCGGUCCCGCAAAAGAUGGUAUCCGAUAUUUACCCCUGCAGUCCGGUGCAGGAGGGUCUUCUUACAUUGUCCAUCAAGCAACAAGGAGCAUACAUUGCCCAGCCUGUCUUUGAACUCGCGGAAGGUCUUGAUAUCGAGCAGUUCAAGGCCGCCUGGCAAGAGACCGUGAAUCAACUGGAUAUUCUUCGAACGCGUAUUGUUCACACAGACUCUAUGGGUUUUGUUCAAGCAGUGCUCAAGAAAGAAAUGAUCUCUUGGACCGUUGCAGACACAGUUGAAGAGGUCCUAGAUGGCGCUUUUGGAUUGUCGAAUCAUAACGGAGGCCAGCUGGCCAGUUAUGCGAUUGUCCAAUCUCAGACAUCCACGGCACAAGAGAUCUACUCAAAUGCGUCGAGCAAGACCACAACGCUCCCUUACAAGAAUUUCAUCAGCUACCUUGAGGAUAAGGACAUGUCCAAGUCGGAUGAAUUCUGGGAAUACCAGCUUUCAAACCUCUCUUGCUCUCCAUUCCCGCAAAACAAGUCAACCUCGCCAGAUGCUGUGCGGGUGGGCAACCGACAUCACAGCAGCAUUGGAAUCUCCCGACCUCAAAAUACUUUGGGAUUGACGCUUCCUGAGAUCAUUCGUGCUGCCUGGGCCAUUGUGGUAUCCGUUCACACUAGCUCCGAAGAUGUCUGCUUUGGUGAGACUUUGAUGGGCAGAAACAUUAGCCUUGCAGGCGUUACCGAUAUCGCCGGACCUGUUCUUACUACAGUUCCGACGCGUGUCCAAGUCUAUAAUGAUACUCUGGUCACCCAAUACCUGCAGAAGGUCCGUGAAUUGACCACCGUGACCAUUCCCCAUCAGCAUUCGGGACUGCAGCGCAUUCGGAAGCUCAGUAGUGAUGCGUCAAUCGCUUGCGAUUUCCAAAAUCUUCUAGUAAUUCAAUCAGAGGAAGGAGCUCUUGACAGCUCUAUCUGGGCCUCUGGAAAUGGGCAAACUAGUGGAGACUUUUUUACUCAUCCACUUACUGUUGAGUGCAAGAUCAAGGAAUCUGGUCUGGGCAUUACGCUUCAUCAUGACGAGGUUGUCCUAGACAGCUGGUUGGCUGAACGACUUAUCCACCAAUUUGGUUAUGUUCUCGAGCAGUUGCUUACGGUUUCCAAUGACGAUACUCGCAAGGUUGGUGAGCUUGAGCUGCUCAGCGCUUUUGAUAAGAAGGAAAUUUCCCUGUGGAACCAAAGAGACGUUCCUGCCGUUGAAAGAUGUGUCCACGACAUCAUCAAAGCGAACUGCUCGGCCCAACCGAAGGCCAAGGCCGUUCACGCUUGGGACGGCGAGCUUUCCUACAAGGAACUAUAUGAUCUUGCGUCAACAUUUGCGAACUAUCUCAGUUCUCGUGGAGUUGGACCGGAGACGUUGGUACCUAUCUGCAUGGACAAAUCUCUUUGGGUUAUUGUUUCUAUACUUGGUGUCCUCAUUGCUGGUGGAGCUUAUGUCCCAUUGGACCCAUCUCAUCCGACGUCAAGGCACAGUGAAAUUUUUGAAGAAGUUGACGCCCGUGUCAUCCUUUGCUCUCCGCAAUAUCGCAAACGCUAUGCAGGACUCGUCAAGACCAUCAUCCCUGUUAGCAAGGAGACCAUAAGAGCCUAUGGUGCUUUAACCACCGAGACCAGAACCUCCCGCAAGGCUCAGCCAUCAAAUAUGGCAGUUUCAAUUUUCACGUCUGGCAGUACAGGCCGACCCAAGGGAAUCAUUCUUGAGCAUCGGGCUCUUGCCAGCAGCGGCCUGGCUUUUGGUCCUGUGGUGGACAUGAACCAGAACUCCCGGUCCUUCCAGUUUGCGUCGCUUGCAUUUGAUGCGGCAAUUCUGGAAACCCUCGUAACUUUGAUGCAUGGUGGUUGUAUCUGCAUCCCCAGCGAAGAGGAGCGGUUGAACGAUGUUGUCGGCGCCAUCCAGCGCAUGGGCGUGACCUGGACUUUCUUGACUCCUUCUAUCGCCAGCAUUAUUGAACCUUCAACUGUGCCAUCCCUGGAGGUCCUUGUGUGCGGUGGAGAAAAAUUAUCACGCGAAGUGAUUACCAAAUGGGCUCACGGUGUCAGACUCAUGAAUGGAUACGGUCCGACAGAGACCACCAUUUUUGCCGUGAUCAACCCAGAGGUCUCUCCCAGCACGGAUGCCGCUUGCAUUGGCAACGGUAUUCCCUGCACUUUGACCUGGAUUGUGGAUCCUGAAAACCACGAUCGACUCUCCCCCUUGGGUGCCAUUGGUGAGUUAGCUUUGGAAGGCCCUGCUCUUGCAAGAGAAUAUCUCCGAAACCCCGAAAAGACAGCAGAGGCCUUCGUAACAGAACCAGCUUGGAUGAAGAGCUCUGCCCACUCACUACCCUCACCUCGAAGAAUCUACAAAACGGGCGAUCUUGUCAAAUACAACCCAGAUGGCUCGAUCGUGUGCAUUGGUCGCAAAGACCAUCAAGUCAAGCUUCACGGACAGCGCAUGGAACUCGGAGAGAUUGAGCAUCGUCUGCAUGAGGACCCUCGAGUUCGUCAUGCUAUCGUGAUUAUGCCCGCAAAGGGUCUCCUUCGGCAGAGACUGGUCACUAUCAUGUCCAUGGAGUCACUCAAUGUUGAUAAGAGCAUUAUGUCGGAUGAGACAUGCGAGCUUGUCAACCAGACUACUAUGGAGCGUGUCUUACCUGAGCUUGUUGACAUCCAAAAGAACCUCGAGACGCAGCUACCCAUAUACAUGGUUCCUCAGACUUGGGCCGUGAUCAAGAAACUGCCAAUGCUUGUUUCCGGAAAGCUAGACAGAAAGCGGAUUACAAGCUGGAUCGAGAAUGUUGACGAGCGCACCUAUAGUCGUAUUAUGCAAGAUUACGACGACAUCAAGCGAGGAGAUGUUGAACCCGAAGAGGAGGAGGAAGAAGAAGAAGACCAGGGAGCUUUCAUGAGCGCUCUCCGUGACAUCUUCAGCCAGGUGCUCAACAUUUCUUCUCCCAAGGUCGAUCUCAACCGUUCCUUCGUCAGUCUAGGUGGAGAUAGUAUUACGGGAAUGGCCGUCGUUUCCAAGGCUCGUAAGCAAGGAAUUGAAGUGACAUUGCACAGCGUGCUUCAGAGCAAGUCUAUAACCGAGCUUGCUGCGAUGUCUGGCGCGAAGACAACCACCAUCCAACACAAGGAGAAGUCUGGUGAAUUAUUCGAUCUGUCUCCUAUUCAAAAGCUGUAUUUCGAUUCGGCCACUGCGUUCGAUGGUAAUGCCCGCUUCAACCAGAGCAUGACGGUUCGCGUUACCCAAAGGAUCAACCUUGAAAACCUGGAGCAAGCGAUAAAGGCAAUUAUCCAACGCCAUUCCAUGUUCAGGGCCCGAUUCAUCAAGUUUCAGGGCGGAAAGUGGCAACAAAAGGUUAAAGAUGAUAUUGACAGUUCUUACCGAUUCCGCAUUCAUGCGGUCAAUAAUCCGAACGCAGUGUUCCCUAUUAUUAGAGAAAGCCAGCAGAGCCUAGACAUUGAAAAUGGCCCAAUAUUUGCUGCCAAUCUGUUCGAGGUCCAAGACCAUCAGCAGAUCCUGUUCCUUGUGGCCAAUCAUCUGUGUGUUGACAUGGUAUCAUGGCGCAUUGUUCUGCAGGACAUAGAAGAGUUCCUCGAAUCUGGGUCUCUUUCUUCUGAAAAGCCCCUCUCAUUCCAAAGCUGGUGUGAAGUGCAAAUGAAGACCAGCAAGAUUGAGACUCGCAACAUUGAGCUUCCUUUCGAGAUUGAGACGCCCAAUCUCAGCUACUGGGGAAUGGAGAAUGCGCAAAACGUAUACGGCAAUGCCAAGAUGGAAUCUUUUACAUUGAGUGAAGAUGCCACUGCAUUUGUGCUGGAACGUGCUCAGCACAUCCUUCGCGCAGAGGCUAUUGAUGUUGUGCUUUCUACUGUUAUCCAUGCCUUCCGCCAAGUGUUUAUGGACCGAGAUAUCCCGACGAUUUACAAUGAAGGCCAUGGCCGUGAUGUGGAGGACUCCAGUGUCGACCUUUCGAGGACGGUCGGUUGGUUCACAACUAUCUGCCCCCUGCGCGUCAACAAGGGCUCAGACAUCAUCGAGACCUUGAAAUAUGUCAAGGAUACAAGACGCCAGGUUACCGCUGAUGGCCAAGCUUAUUUCGCGCAGAAUAUGCUUCACCAGACUGGCGCUACCAAGUUCCCUGUUCCGUUCGAGAUAAUCUUCAAUUACCUCGGUCAGCUUCAGCAGCUCGAGCGCGAUGACUCCCUGUUCCAGCUUUUCGGCAGCACAUUCGACAGUGAGAAACUCGAAGUGGCGGGAGAUAUGGGUCAGAGAACGCCUCGGUUUGCCCUUUUGGAAAUUUCAGCAAUCAUUGUCAAGGAAAAGCUUCAUGUCUCUUUCACCUACAACCGACAAAUGAAGCACGAAAGCCAGAUUAUGGAGUGGAUGACGGAGUGCAAGAGAAUUCUCGAAGAAGAUUUCCUCUAUUUCAAGGAUCGCGUCCCCGAGCCCACCCUCACCGAUUAUCCCUUGCUCAAUAUGACAUACGAUGGACUGCGAAGCUUCGUGAAAGACACCAUCCCGAGUGUCGGAAUGAGGAGCUGGGGUGAGGUCGAAGACGUCUACCCCUGUUCUCCGGUUCAAGAAGGCAUUCUGCUCAGUCAACUCCGUGACCCGCAGAAAUACAUGUUCCAUGUAGUCUUCGAGGUUCAUCCUUAUGACCAGAGGAACAACGUCGACCCGGCCCAGCUUCGAAAGGCAUGGAUGAAGGUGGUCAAUCGUCACCAGGUUCUGCGAACUUUGUUUGUUGACAGCAACUCCAAGGGUGGUUCUUUCGAUCAACUGGUCAUCAAAUCGGUUGGAGACGAGAUUGUCGAAUUGCAUUGUGAGGAUGAUGUUGCGUUCAAGACAAUUGAUAACAUCAGACUGCGCGACAUCAACGAAAAGAGAUCUUCGAAACUACCACAGCAGCUAACAAUCUGCCAAACAACCUCCGGCCGUGUCUUCAUGAAGCUCGAGAUGAACCAUGCUAUCAUUGAUGGUGGAUCCGUUGCUAUCGUCUUGAGAGAUCUGGCAUUGGCGUACAACAACAUUCUUGCCUCGGGAUCAGGACCACGUUUCAGCGAGUACAUCAGGUACGCACGAAAGCAAGACCAAAAAGAAGCGUUGACGUACUGGAUGAGAUAUCUGUCUGGAGUACAGCCUUGUCAUCUUUCGGUUUCUGCCGAGAAAAGAGAUGAUCGUCAACUAGGCUCUCUGUUGAUGGAUUUCAACCGCUUCCCUGAACUACAGCAAUUCUGCGAGAAGAACUCUAUCACUCUCGCCAACCUGACCAUGACUGCCUGGGCGAUCGUCCUCCGGAAAUUCACAAGAUCUAAUGACGUCUCGUUCGGAUAUCCAUCUGCUGGCCGCGAUUCACCGGUUCCUGGAAUCCAGGAUGCAGUUGGAAUUUUCAUCAACAUGUUGUGCUGCCGAGUCAAUUUUGCAGCCAACCAUACCCUUCUUGACGUCUCGAAGAUGGUCCAGGAAAAUCAUAUCAAGAGCAUCCCGCAUCAGAACUGCUCUCUUGCGAAAAUCCAGCAUCAACUUGAUCGUCAAGGUCAAGCGCUUUUCAACACGACUAUUUCUAUUCAGAAUCACUCUGAUUCCAAGGUUAUCAAAAAGGAUAUGAUCUCUUUUGACACUCAAUAUGCGUUCGAUCCAACUGAGUACCCUGUGACAGUGAACGUUGAGACUGCCAGGGGUCACGAGGGUAUCUUACUCAGAUUCUGGACAGACGCUGUGUCCGAAAAUGAAGCGAAGGACCUGGCCGAUUCCAUCGCUCAAGUGUUCACCUGUUUCGUUGAGGAUCCAUCCCGCCUGGUCUCUGAGCUGACUCUCGCCGGUGAGCCAUUGCAAAUUCAUGAUCAACCUCCGAAGGGUGCUGCUCUCUCGGACUUACGAUUACUUGAUCAUGAUUACCUCCAGAAAUUGAUUGAUCAGCGGGUAAACGAGGCCAUUAGCCAGAUGAUCAAGACAGGGAAGCUUGUUCUCGCGCAACCUGACGGUCAGGAUAAGAACCAGUUCGACGAGUAUCAGCUCAAGGGCUUGGAAUCCCCUUUCCAAGCAGAUGAGUCCCGCAAUAUGACUCUCUCAGACUCCGUGCCGACUCUAAUGGGCGACAAGGAGACAAGCGAGCUUGAGGAUCGUCUUCGCAAGCUCUGGAACACAGCCCUUGGGCGGUCCGAAACCGCCAUCAAGCACCAGGACAGCUUUUUCAAGCUUGGUGGCGAUAGUAUAACAGCUAUGAAGAUGGUCGGAGUUGCCCGCGAGGAGGGAUUGGUUUUGACUGUGGCCGAUGUCUUCAACAACCCCGUCUUUGGAGACAUGCUGGCAAUUGUCAGCGCGAGAGACAGUCCGGCAUCUUCAAGCUCUAGCACACCCCCUAUGACGCCUGAAAACGAGAAGGCCAUUGAGACUCCGUUCAUUCUCUCUCGACCUGACACGCCAAACGAGCUCACGGUUCUGAGAUCGUCAGAAGUUGAUUCGUCUUCCCUUCGAGCAGGGAUCAGCCCCAAGAUUGGAGUCUUCCGAGGAGGUAUCGCAGACGUUCUGCCGGUGACAGACUUCCAGGCUCUAUCCUUGACUGCCAGUCUAUUCAAAUCAAGGUGGAUGCUUAAUUACUUCUUCCUUGAUGGCCAAGGUCCACUGGAUAUCCGAAGACUCAGAGAAAGCUUCCUGCGUGUUGUCGAUGCGUUCGAUAUACUCCGCACGGUCUUCGUGUGUUUCCAUGGCCAGUUCUUCCAGGUCAUCUUGCGCAAGGUCCGACCGGAAAUAUUUGUAUGCGAAACCGACAAGAGCUUGGAUGAUUAUACCGAAUCCCUGCAGCAGCAGGACCGCGCCCAGAUUCCGCGUCAAGGGGAGCAGUAUGUGCAGUUCUACAUUGUGAAGAAGAAGAUAAGUGACCAGCACCGCAUUUUGAUUCGCAUGCACCAUGCCCAAUUCGAUGGUGUAUGUCUUCCGAGAAUCAUGUCUGCCAUCAAGAUGGGUUACGAAGGUAGCCCGAUCCCUCCCUGCCCAUCCUACUCGAACUACAUGCGGGUUCUUCCUGCGUCGAUCACUCCAGAACAUUAUCAACAUUGGAAGACCCUUCUCAAGGGAUCGCAAAUGACGGAGGUCAUCCGACGUGAAGUUCCCAACAACUUCCAGCAUAUCGGCGGCUUCACUGAGCAGAAGAAAACGAUUCACUUCCCACCAACAGUCCUUGAGAAUGUCACCAUCGCAACUGUCAUGCAAUCCGCAUGGGCCAUGACAUUGGCCAAGCUCUCCGCCCAUGCAGACGUCGUUUUCGGUCUUACCAUCAGCGGCCGAAAUGCCACCAUCCCGGGCAUUGAAGCCACGGUCGGACCUUGUCUCAACAUGAUCCCCGUCCGAGUCAAGUUUGGCGAGCACUGGACUGGCCUGGACCUUUUCCGCUACCUCCAGGACCAGCAGGUCGCCAACAUGCCCUACGAGUCCCUGGGCUUCAGGGAAAUCAUCCGGCAUUGCACCGACUGGUCUGACUCCACCUAUUUCACGACCUCUGUCUUCCACCAGAACGUCGAAUACGAGGGCCAGAUGCAGCUGGACGACAACAACUACCGAAUGGGCGGCGUCGGCGUCAUUGACAACUUCACUGACCUUACUUGCUUCUCCAAAGGCUUCCCCAACGAGCAAAAGCUCGACAUUGCCCUCGGGUACUCUGUCAAGGGUCCCAUUCAAGCCCCCUUCGCCACUCAAGUCCUUGACAUGGUCUGCGAGACAGUGCAAAGUCUCAUCGCCAACCCUAACAUUCCUCUUCCUUCCCCUUCCACUCUCCGCUCCCUCUCCUGCCAAGUCGUCAAAGAUCUGCCUCGUCCCUCCGACGAACUCUUCCUUUCCUCCCACCUCAACACCCGCAGCAUCUCCGAGAUCCUCGUGCAUUCAGACCUCCUCACUCAGACAUGGCAACAGGUCCUCUCUUCCAACAGCAACAACGUGCCUCGAACCGGACGUGCAGAGAGAGACCAGAACCCCUACCAGCUCAACUCCUCCUUCUUCGACCUCGGCGGCGACAUCCUCAGCAUGGCGCAGGUCGUCUGGCUGCUCGAGCAAGAGGGUCACCAGGUCCGACUGGAGGAUCUCCUCGAGCAUCCGACUUUCCUCGGCCAAUUGGCUGUUCUGGCUCUUCACAAGGCCAACGCAGCCGGACAAGAUCAAGAUGCUCCGAGGAAUGACAGCAACAACAGUACCACCGCUUCGUCGACUGAGCUUAUCACGUCUUCGCCUCCUCCUGGCACAGUCUCUGAAACCGACUCCUCUAAGGCGUUGGCGAAGAAGGGGUCUUGGAAUCCUCUCGUCAGGGCUUUCACUUUGGCUCGGAGAUUCACGAGAUGGGGUUCGGGGUCUGCGUCGUCGAGGAAUUAA